AUGGCCGAGAAAAAAGUCACUACCGUCAUCGGAGCCGCCGGUGCUCAAGGAGGCGGCGUUGUUACAACUUUCCUCAUUGAUCCAGUCCUGAACCAAGAGCGGAUUGUCCGUGCAGUGACUCGUGAUCCCACUAAAGAAAAGGCUCGAAACUACGAGGAGCAGGGUGCAGAGGUUGUUGUCUCAUAUAUAUCUACCGAGAAUCAUGUUCAAGUAACCAACGGCACAAUUCCCAACGUCCACCACUUUGACGGUAAGGCUGAAGUCGAGGAAUAUGCCCGCAGCACCGGUAUUCCAGCCACAGCACCGAUUCCCGUGUUUGACGUGCUGAGGCCGGCCUCGGGUAUUUCGCCUUUGAGUCGUUGUGCGAGAGUCUAG